UUCUAUUCUUGUUCAGCAUGGGAAAUAUCUUAUCGGAUGGAUCAAUAAGGGAUGGCGACAUGAACGCUAUAUGGAAAAUAACGCAAGAUAAGGCUUUUGACUUUAACGAUCCGAUCUGGACAGAAGUCUUCGAAGUAAAGGGCUAUCUGCAGUCCAUAAGUAAGUCCCACCUCCAUACAAUCACCACGAAUUGGAGUCGAGAAAUGAAAAAAUACCGUUACCACGCACAAUUUCGGUACUUUCAUUCAACAUAUGAGUCAAGUUGUAAUUGUAGUUCCUCGAAGACUAUUGAAGUUUGUUUCUAACGAUGACUAUCUGGAUAACGUCCAGAAAGCUACAAAUGCUCUUUUUCUUGCUCGCUGCUUCCUGAACACCUUUAUGAAGGAGUGCACAGAUGAGGAGCUGCUGGAAAUCUUCGAAGUUCCAAAGAUCUCCGAUGCCAUCAUCACUCCCUCCAAUUAUUCUCGCGCAACUCUUAUUCGUACAUAUGGGAAGACGUCCUACACACUCAUUGAAACGGUGGUGGAUGUAAUCGUGUCGCAUUCCCCCCAGCAGCAAACCAACAAACUCUACAUGGAAGCUAUGGGCGUUCUUAUCACCUUAUUCUCUCGAAUGCUCCGAAACAACGACAUCGACCACGCCAUUUCCGCGGUUUCUCCCUACUAUUCUCCCUACUUCUUUUUGGACCUUCUAUUCAUUUGUUCCGGAAUGCCCCUCAUCGCUGAAACUCCCGCUACGAGACGGAAAGACGUCCCCCACUGGUCCGCCGUGCUGAUCAUGUCGCUGCUUCGCCGCAUGUGUCAAAACGACGUAGACAAGCUCGACUCCGCGAUGUAG